UUGCUCUCCCUUCACGUGACGUCCCAUGAUGCACCGCUCCCUGCGUCAGCUGACCUCCCCGUUGCUGUGCAGGCGCAGUGCUGGAGGGAGCUGUAAGAUGGGGACCGUGCUGGAUAUUAAGGUGAAGCGGGCCAAUAAAGUCUACCGGGAAGGGGAAACAUUGUCUGGAGUAGUGGCUGUAAUGAGUAAAGAUGCAGUUCAGCACCAAGGCAUCACAUUGACCAUGGAGGGAACAGUUAAUUUACAGCUCAGUGCAAAGAGUGUGGGAGUUUUUGAAGCAUUUUAUAAUUCGGUGAAGCCAAUUCAAAUCGUUAGCAACACUGUAGAAAUGGUGAAACCUGGUAAACUUCCAAGUGGCAAAACUGAAAUACCUUUUGAAUUUCCACUGGUCAUGAAGGGCAAUAAGACCCUAUAUGAGACCUACCAUGGUGUGUUUGUUAAUAUCCAGUAUACGCUCCGCUGUGACAUGAAGCGCUCUCUUUUGGCCAAGGAUUUGUCCAAGUCCUGUGAGUUCAUCAUUCACUCAUUGCCUCAGAAAACAAAGCAGACCCCAAACCCUGUGGAUUUCACAAUUACUCCGGACACUUUACAGAAUGUUAAAGAAAGGGCAUCUCUGCCCAGGUUUGUCAUUCGAGGGCACCUGGACUCCACUAAUUGUGUCAUCACACAACCGUUAACAGGGGAACUCCUAGUGGAAACAUCUGAAGUAGCCAUCAAAAGUAUCGAGCUUCAGCUAGUCAGAGUGGAAACUUGUGGCUGUGCUGAAGGUUACGCUCGAGACGCCACGGAGAUCCAGAACAUCCAGAUAGCAGAGGGUGAUGUAUGCAGAGGAUUGCGUAUUCCCAUCUACAUGGUGUUCCCCAGACUGUUUACCUGUCCUACCCUGGAAACUACCAACUUUAAAAUUGAGUUUGAAGUAAAUGUGGUCGUUGUCCUGCAUGAUGACCACCUCAUCACAGAGAAUUUCCCACUGAAGCUGUGCCGUAUGUGAGACCAUAAGGGCUGAGCAGUAAGUCAUGGGACUUAUAGGCACUUUGGAACAUUUUAUUAUGAGAGAAGGAAGCACAGCUGUCUGAUAUCACAGGACCUCUGUCAGGCAUGUGAGAAAGCUGUCUGAUCUCACAGAACCCAUGGCCUCGCAAGAGCAGCCUGUACAGGAGGCUGAUAUCACAGGACCUCCGGCCUACAUAGAGCAACCCACACAGCUGGUAUUACAGGACCGCUGACCUAGAGAGAGCAACCUGUAUGGAAAAUUAAUAUCUCGAAUCCACAAACGUGGUGAAAACAUCCUGCAUUGCAAAGGAGAAUGCAAAGGCACUUUGAAAUUGUAAUUUUUUUUUAAAGUGUUGAAAAUGACCAUAAAAUAUGUUUGUUUCUUUUUCUUAGAAAUAAUGUAAUAAAUGGGCAUCAGAUAUAGCAUGUAAAUAUUGCUACAUGUGCACAUGUUUAUACAAUAAAC